GCCAAACGAAUGGUUGGUUCGUGUGGGGACUGGCCAGUAACAUCCAAACAAACAAGUACUCUGCCAAUUCGAGAAGAUAAGCAACAUGGUCAAGAACGUCCGCAUCACCUACCGCCGCCGUCACUCGUACGCCACCAAGUCCAACCGCAUUGUGCCGGUCAAGACCCCCGGCGGCAAGCUCGUCGCUCACUACGUGAAGAAGCACUCCCACGGCCCCAAGUGCGGUGACUGCAAGCAAGCGCUUAAGGGCAUCAAGCACCUCGCGUCCAAGGCUUACAAGAACAUUGCCAAGUCCGAAAAGACCGUGUCCCGUGCCUACGGCGGCUCCCGCUGCGCUGGUUGCGUGCGCCAACGUAUCGUGCGCGCGUUCCUCAUCGAAGAGCAAAAGAUCGUGAAGAAGGUCUUGUUGGAAAAGUUGUCCAAGAAGAAGUCGGAAAAGACUGCUUAAACCUAUGGGUCCCGAUCACUCUUGUUGGUGGCUCGGGAAUUGACCUGCGCUAGUUUCUUAUCUUUCACUUGAUAAAGCACCUAUCUUCUUGCAAGUGGCAAAGUACCCUUAUGUUUUUUCCAAAGAGCAUCUUGUUUAUCU